GAAGGUUGUUUGGGUAAAUCGGUCUGCAUCCCGCAGGCUUUAUAAGUAUCUACUGCGGUGAAAAGUGUGAGUUUUUGGUGGAAGCUUGGGUUUUUAACUGAGUGGUGAUUUCUCUGUGGGAGUGUGAAAAGAGUGAGCUUUUUCUUCGAUUUUCUUGGAGAGGAUGAGCAAGUACUUGGAGAAGAAGCAAGUCCAAAACAAGCCAGAAAGCAAAAGCACUUUUUUGGCCACACAUGCUCUGCUCACCUCUGCUUCUGCUUCUCCUUCUUCCUCACCCGUUUCUUCUCUCGAUGCUAUCGAGCACAUUAAAGUCGGCUGUUUCUACCAAAUGGACCAGUCCAAGCUCCAUGGAAGAACAGUACCAGAGCAGCUCAGGGCCGUACGGAUCGUCAUGGUGAGUGCGAAGGGCGCGUUUAAAGUGGCGGUGAGGUUUCCGAGCCUUCACUCUCUCCACGCUCAUAUCUCCGCAAAGGGGUAUCCAAAACAAGACGCCAAGCAGAUUCCGGCGCUCAACGAGAAGUAUGUGAUGUCCCCGGAAAUGGCGUCGGAGGUGCUUUACCGGAGAAUCCCACCACAGGAGAUGGUAGAUCGGAGCAACAUUUGGAGCUUCUGGGCCGUUCAACCUCCGUUGAAGAAUCACCCGAGAAGCACGUUGUCGAGCCCAGCAGUAAGUGGCGGAGGCGGAGCCAUUACUAGCAGCGUGGUUCCUAAAAAGGGUCCGUGUUGGUCCGAGCUCACGUUUGCCGGAAUGGUGAAGUGGGGCAAGCGCCGGCAGAUUCGCUACCUCCGGAGGCACGAGUCGUCGCCGAGCUCUGGCUCUGACGAUGAAGAAACGGAGAAGGGAAGGGAGGUUAUGGAGCUGGAGGAAGAUAGCGAUGAUGGUUUCACUGAGAAAGUAGUAACUGUGAUAGACGAAGACGAUGGCAUUGAAGAAGAAGAAGAAGGUGAGGAGACAGAGGAAGAAGCUGCUCCUCAUGUUCUGCCAUGGAAGAUGAACCUCCGGAGUCGGAAGCGGAAGCAUCCCGAUAAUAAGAGAAAAAUCAAAUCUCCAACCCAAAAGCGAUCAAAAUCCAGAGCAAAGCCUCCGAAUCAGAAUAACCAUAUUGUAGCAGUUCCUGAUCGCAGCAGCAGAAAAUUGGCUAAAGUUAAACACACAGUAGCAAGAUGGUCAGCAGGAAGGUACAAGCUGGCGGAGGAGAACAUGUUGAAGGUGAUGAAGGAGAAAGGGGCGGCGAUUGGGAACCCAAUACGGCGGCCGGCGCUGAGAGCGGAGGCUCGGAGGCUGAUUGGAGACACGGGGUUACUGGAUCAUUUACUCAAACACAUGGCGGGCAAGGUGGCGCCUGGUGGGACGGAGAGAUUUAGGCGGCGGCACAACGCCGAUGGAGCCAUGGAGUAUUGGCUGGAGAGUGCUGAUCUGGUCCACAUCCGGAAGGAGGCUGGGGUUCAAGAUCCUUACUGGACCCCUCCGCCGGGGUGGAAGCCCGGCGAUAGUCCCACCCAGGACCCCACUUGUGCAAGAGAGAUUAAGGAGCUCCGUGAAGAAAUUGACAAGAUUAGAAGGGAGAUGGAGGAGUCCAAGCAGCAAGGGAAUGCUGGUUUGGCUAUGGUGACCGCUUCAAAUUCUAAUUUGACCGGUGUUGACUUGGAUCGUUACGGUUCAUUAAUCCCGAUUAAGGAGGCUUGUGCAGAGCUGGAGAAGAAGAUAGCUAAGAUGGAUGAAGAAAGGAUCGAGUUUGUGACCAAAAAAGAAGAACAAAUGAUGGAGGUUACUCAAUCUUUGUCCGGAAUUAAGGAGAAAAUCAGGAUGUUCGAAUCAAGCAAGGAAGAUGCAGUCACAAUUUCAGGAGCACCACCACCAUCAGAAGCAAAACCAGCCGGUGAGAAGAAAGAAAUAGAUACACUAAGCGGCGGAGACAAGGCGGCUGCGGCGGCGGAGUGCAAGGCGGCAAAAAUAGAGAGGCUGAGGAGUGGGUUCAGGAUAUGCAAGCCGCAAGGCACGUUUCUCUGGCCAGACAUGGGCAGCCCCACCAACAUUCCCAGUCCUUCUUCCCAGAUUCUGGCCCCACCACAUGACCUCUUUGUGGUCCCCACCCCACCCUCAUCCUCCUCCUCCUCCUCCGCUCCCCGCCCCCUCAUCAGCCCCACCACUCCCCCUGUGAAGCCGGUGGCUGAGCGGCGCCCAGUGACCACCACCACAUUGUGCAAUGUGACCACAAUACCCUCUUCCACUCCUAUUGUCGCUCCUCCACCUGUCCUGGCCCCACAGACCCAGAGUUCCACUACCGUCACCAUCAGUAAAACCCUACUCAUAAACCUCAACGAGCUCCCUGCAACAACAGCACCGAACCCUAACCCUAAUCCCCAAACCAGCUGUGAAGCUAUCACUACGCUCACCACCUACCACAGAAGACACCACCAUCAUCUGCCACGUAUGGUGAAGGAGGAGGAGGAGGAGGACGACGAAACUGCAAGAAACGGUGAUGAUCAGCAGAGGCGGUGCGCCUCUCCUGCUUCCACCUGGAACGGAGAGAAAUGGUGGAUGGCUGUGGGAAAUCCUAGCACUUCUUUGGAGGGUUGAUUUUGGACCGUUGAUUCAAUCUUGCAGCGGGGCUAAAUAUAUAUGGGGUAUACUUUAUAGGGCUACUUUAUAAUUAUAGGAAAUUGGCGGGUAUAGAAAUAACUGUAUCUAGGUAUACAUGAUGAUUAGGGAUUUUGCACUAUAGUCCAAAAAUUGGGUUUUUUGCUGGCAUUUUUCUAAGAUUGCUGGUAUGCCAUUUUGGACACGGAUAAAGAUUGGUUUUGUCCAAGUGAGAAAAUCAAAAGGAGGCUAAAUUUUGUCACACACACGUGUGAGCGUGGUUAAUAUAAUUAAUAUUAUGUAUAAUAAGGCAA